UCUCCCCUUCCUCGGUCCGCUCUUGGUCCCUUGUCGCUCGCGGCUGCUUGAACGUUCAUUCACCCCACUUUCGCUUCACUCGACAGCGCUCGUUCCCCAUCCUUUUGCAGCCGCCAACACUCUACACGACAACGACUAUCAUGCAGCGCUCCAUCUUCCUCUCCCUUGUUCUUGCCGCCUUCGUGCGCGCACACGGUCAGAUCGAGAGCGUCUCGGCCGGCUCGGAGAGCAAAGUUGCCCCCAACAUCUACUGGGACGGCGACAAGGCGAACACGGACACCCCCGUCCGCGUCAUGUACAAGGCCUCCUCGCCUGCAUACCUCCUGCCGAAGGACUUCAGUGACAACUCUAAGAUGGCAUGCGAGGGUUCUAGCGCCAGCCCGGCGCCCUCCUCGCUUGAGGUCGCUGCUGGCAACUCCCUCACUGUGCAGUGGUCCGGCUCCACGGGCGAGCUUACGAACCAGCCCGGCGUCGGCUCCGUUCCAGAUGGCAUGCAGGCUUGGGUGCACGCCAUGGGCAGCAUCCAGAACUACAUCACCUCCUGCAACGGCAAGUGCGCGGACGCCGACGUCUCGAACAACGGCUGGACCAAGCUUUCCGGCGACGGCCUCGACCUCUCGCAGUCCAUCUCCGACGACCUGCGCAACACGAUGACGAACAAGCCGGAGAAGUACUACCCCGAGGGCGCCGGCCUGUGGGCGAUGGCCAAGUUCGUCGCCGACGGGUCCAAGUGGGACGUGCAGAUCCCCGCCGGCCUCAAGGCGGGCGAGUACAUCGUGCGCCAGGAGCUCGCGGCGGUGCACAACCCGUGGAGCGCGAGCGAUUCGUCGUCGGGCCCGCAGCUGUACGUCGGCUGCAUCCAGGUCACCGUCACCGGCGACGGCACCACCGAGCUGCCCGAGGGCACGCAGGCGGGCGCGCUCUACGACCCCGAGGGCGACUUUGCGAAGUUCCAGGUGUACUCGGACGCGGACAGCUUCGUGCUCCCGGGUCCCGCGGUCUGGGAUGGCGCUUCGUCUUCCUCGUCGUCGGGCUCCAGCGGUACUGCGUCUGCGUCUUCCGAGGCUUCCGCGACGUCCACUGAGGCGUCUGCUCCGGCAUCCACCGACUCGUCGUCCACCGAAGCGGCGUCCUCGGCGGUCACCGAUGCCCCGGCCUCUACUGCCGUCGCGGUCCCGGCCUCCUCCGCGAGCGCCUCGACGUCCGCGUCCGGCUCGUCCUCGACGGGCAAGUGCCGCCGCAACAAGCGCAUGAUGCCCAAGCGCCGCCACCUCGCGCGCGUCGCCCACGGCAGCUCCUUCUGAGUGGUCGCCGCUGCCUCCGCGCGCUCUGACCACGCACUCUUCCCCCUAACUUAUCCCCUUCAUCUUAUGUCCUCAUGACUGUAUCCGUACCGUCGACACUGUGUGCCGACUCCUUUCCUUCUGCUCAUGUUGUCUUACUUACUCUGGUACUCACUGGUUGUUGACGUGCGCUAGUCGCAUGCUGGUGUCUCGUUCUGUAUGGUUAUGUCGUGCCCUUCUACCCGGUCGUAGAUCUGCUGGGUCAAUACACACUUGAUGUGAUGGCUAUGAUCU